GGAGGGAGUGUCAAGAAAGACACCCUUGUAUUAGACAAGCAAAUUCACCCAAAUAGCCACCAAAAUCAAAACAACGGCAGUUGAGCUGAUUGACCUCACCAACGCUGAAUUCGUCCAGCCUAUUCUUCGCUGAAAUUUCAUUCCAAUAUUAAAUUUGCUGCACGUUUGUUGACAAUUGAUGAAAAUGACUGCAAUGACGUAUGCAGAAUCACUCAGAGGAGGUUCGGCAAUGGCCAUGGAGGAGGAUCCGCCGCCUAUUAAGGAAGUUACUUCAAUUUUGAGAUCGAUUUAGGUUGAAACAGUUCAAUUUUGGAGAGGAACAGCUGUCGCGCGGGUAAAUAUGGAGGAACUGGAGCUAGGAAAGACGUUGUAUACGUCUUCACCCUCGACUUCGACUUCGUCGUCGUCAUUGUCCGCUCCAUUUGUUAACGAUGGAGUGAUGUUUGUAGCCUUGGGUGGGAAUGUGAAGGAGAAUGCGAGUGUGUUACUGUGGGCUCUGGCGAACUCCAGGGGGUUGAGAAUCUGUAUUCUUCAUGUUCAUCAGCCUCCUCACACCAUGCCUAUGCUGGGGACUGAAGUUCCGAUUCAUUUGAUGGAUGAACAAGAAGUUAAAGCAUAUCGUCAAAUCAAGAUUGAAGAGAUGCACAAACUUCUUGAAAAUUAUAUCAACAUCUGUGGCCAAGAAAGGGUUCGAGUGGGGAAGAUAUGGAAAGAAACAGACUGUAUCAAGAAGGGCAUCGUGCAGCUUAUAUCCGAGAAUGGCAUCAAGUGGCUCGUCAUGGGGGCAGCUGCUGAUAGGCAUUAUUCACGAAGAAUGAAGGAGCCGAGGUCAAGGAAAGCAAUCUACGUGCGCAAGGAAGCACCCAGUUUCUGUCACAUCUGGUUUAUAUGCAAAGAGAACCUCGUACAUACGAGGGAAAGUAAGCCAAGCAUUGUUAGCAUCGGAGCAGAGUAUCAACAUAUUAAAGCAAGUCCAUAUGCUGAGGAAGCUGUAUGGCCGUUGAGAUCGAGCUCUGUUGCAGAAGGGGGAGGCGCCAAAAUGAAGUCAGCAAUGCGCCAUCGUAGGGUGGAAUCAGACAAUCAUGGAAUGCAGCAUCGAUUACCAUUCAGUGGCUCCCCGGGGGUGCAAUCUCCUCCGAGCCAUUCGAGUUCUGUAGACAGCCUUAUGAGAACUCCUUCAAUAGGUUCUCGCAUUUCAACGAGUUCUAGCGAAAGACUCGAUCGUUCAUCUGUGACACCUCUUAAACACGAGGUGAAUGAGAUUGGGUCGGAGUCUGAAUCGCUUAUAUUUCAGCUGAGCCCCAAAGACUACUCUCAUUCCUCUGCAUCAGCCAGAACAAUCGUAGAGAAGAAUACAAGAGAUGAGCUGUACGAUAGACUCGACCAGUUUGUGGCGGAAGCAGAAAGUUCCAGGAAAGAAGCAUACGAUGAAUCAAUCAGGCGAAAGAAAGCUGAAAGAGAAGUCAUCGAUAUCAUUCGCAGGCUGAAGGAAAGCGAAACUAUCUGCGCCGAGGAGCUGAGGCGCAGAAGAGAAACCGAAGAAGCACUAGAAAGGACUAGGCAAGAAACUGCAGAGAUCAAAUGGCAACUCAACAAAGUACUCGACGACUUCAGCGCUGUCGAGGAACAAAGAACAAUGCUGCAGCACAGACUCGCCGAUGCUGACAGAAUAGUCAACGAGUUAAAGCAGAAAACUUUUUCUUCUGUAGACUUGCUGCAAAAGUGCGAGGAGGAACGAAACGAGCUGGAGGUUGAGCGAGACGCUGCGCUCAGAGUAGCCGAGAAGCUGAGAGAAAAGCUCGGUGAAGAACUCUUCUUUUCAGAAUUCUCUGUGAUGGAAAUUGAAGAGGCAACGAACAACUUCGAUGAGUCCUACAAGAUAGGUGAAGGAGGCUAUGGAGGCAUUUAUAUAGGACGGCUACGCCACACCCAAGUGGCGAUAAAAGUUCUGCAUCCCGAUAGCUUACAAGGGCCGGUCGAAUUUCAGCAAGAGGUGAACAUCUUAAGUAGGUUGAGGCAUCCAAACAUUGUCAACCUUAUCGGAGCAUGUCCCGAAGCAUGGGCUCUCGUCUACGAGUAUCUACCCAACGGGAGCCUCGAAGACCACCUCAUAUGCAAGAACAACACGCCCCCGUUGCCAUGGAAAACCCGGGUUCGUAUAGCUGCAGAGCUCUGCUCUGCUUUAAUCUUUCUGCAUUCUUGCCGGCCGCAGGGAGUCAUCCAUGGUGACUUGAAGCCUUCCAACAUUCUGCUCGACGCCAACUUUGUGUGCAAGCUCGGCGACUUUGGGAUAUGUCGCCAGCUCCCACGAAACGAAUCUUGGGAAAACAACAUCACAUUGUUUUGGAAGACUGAACGGCCGAGGGGAACUAUCGCGUACAUUGAUCCAGAGUUUCUUGCAACGGGAGAACUGACAGUGAAGUCGGACGUCUACUCAUUCGGGAUCAUAUUGUUGAGGCUGUUAACAGGGAGACCGGCGAUGAGGAUAGUUAAGGAAGUCCGGUCUGCAUUGGAGAAAGGGAGUCUAAAAGAGGUGCUGGACCCGACGGCCGGGGCCUGGCCAUUGGUGCAAGCACAGCAGUUGACACAUUUAGGCCUCAGCUGUUCGGAUCUGAACCGGAGAAAUCGACCAGAUCUUGGUUCCCAAGUAUGGAGAGUGAUUGAAGCUAUGAAUAUGAAUAUUUCAUGUAGAUAUGAAGAGCAUGGAAGAAUACCUCCCUACUUCACUUGUCCCAUCUUCCAGGAAGUGAUGCAAGAUCCAGUGGUGGCAGCAGAUGGAUAUACAUAUGAGUCGGAGGCUCUCAAGGGAUGGCUGGAGAGCGGUCACGACACAUCCCCUGUCACAAACCUAAAGCUUCUGCACUUUAAUAUGGUCCCCAAUCACCAUCUCCGAUCCGCCAUACAACAAUGGCUCCAAACACCACAAAACUAGUAACUACUUACAACUUCUUCUACUCUUCUUAUGGAAAAGUGCCCAUGUCAUGUGUGUAUUGAUAUAAAACUUAACAACACUCCACAAGUGGAGUUAAAAGCUUUUGUAUAGGAGAUUGCUAAUAAUGUAAAUCCCUCGAGAAUUCCAGGGUACAUCUUUAUUUUAAUUUUCAUUAUUUACUUCAAAAUCUGACCAGAGUUAAGGGAGGGAUUCAUUAUUCAAGAAUCUAAAAUCUUCAUUUAACAGACCAAGGAUG